AUGUUCUCAGUUGCGCUGCUGGUGACUGGUGAGGAAAAAGUUGUGUCCUCUGGUGCCACGCUUGUGAAAGCUGAGAUGGUGCUGGCAUCCGUGGACUCUGGAGUGACGUUCUCUGUUGUGCUGCUGGUGACUGGUGAGGAAAAAGUUGUGUCCUCUGGUGCCACGCUUGUGAAAGCUGAGAUGGUGCUGGCAUCAGUGGACUCUGGGGUGAUGUUCUCAGUUGCGCUGCUGGUGACUGGUGAGGAAAACGUUGUGUCCUCUGGUGCCAUGCUUGUGAAAGCUGAGAUGGUGCUGGCAUCCGUGGACUCUGGGGUGAUGUUCUCAGUUGUGCUGCUGUGUGACAGAUGAGGAGAAAGUUGUGUCCUCUGGUGCCACACUUGUGAAAGCUGAGAUGGUGCUGGCAUCCGUGGACUCUGGGGUGACGUUCUCUGUUACGCUGCUGGUGACUGGUGAGGAGAAAGUUGUGUCCUCUGGUGCCACGCUUGUGAAAGCUGAGAUGGUGCUGGCAUCCGUGGACUCUGGGGUGACGUUCUCUGUUACGCUGCUGGUGACUGGUGAGGAGAAAGUUGUGUCCUCUGGUGCAAUGCUUGUGAAAGUUGAGAUGGUGCUGGCAUCAGUGGACUCUGGGGUGAUGAACUCAGUUGCGCUGCUGGUGACUGGUGAGGAAAAAGUUGUGUCCUCUGGUGCCACGCUUGUGAAAGCUGAGAUGGUGCUGGCAUCCGUGGACUCUGGGGUGACGUUCUCAGUUGCGCUGCUGGUGACUGGGGAGGAAAAAGUUGUGUCCUCUGGUGCCAUGCUUGUGAAAGCUGAGAUGGUGCUGGCAUCAGUGGACUCUGGGGUGACGUUCUCAGUUGCGCUGCUGGUGACUGGUGAGGAAAAAGUUGUGUCCUCUGGUGCCAUGCUUGUGGAGGUUGAGAUGGUGCUGGCAUCAGUGGACUCUGGGGUGAUGUUCUCAGUUGCGCUGCUGGUGACUGGUGAGGAAAAAGUUGUGUCCUCUGGUGCCACGCUUGUGAAAGUUGAGAUGGUGCUGGCAUCCGUGGACUCUGGGGUGAUGUUCUCAGUUGCGCUGCUGGUGACUGGUGAGGAAAACGUUGUGUCCUCUGGUGCCAUGCUUGUGAAAGCUGAGAUGGUGCUGGCAUCCGUGGACUCUGGGGUGAAGAAAUCAGUUGAGCUGCUGGUGACUGGUGAGGAGAAAGUUGUGUCCUCUGGUGCCACGCUUGUGACAGCUGAGAUGGUGCUGGCAUCAGUGGACUCUGGGGUGACGGUCUCAGUUGCGCCGCUGGUGACUGGGGAGGAAAAAGUUGUGUCCUCUGGUGCCACGCUUGUGAAAGUUGAGAUGGUGCUGGCAUCAGUGGACUCUGGGGUGAUGUUCUCAGUUGCGCUGCUGGUGACUGGUGAGGAAAAAGUUGUGUCCUCUGGUGCCAUGCUUGUGAAAGCUGAGAUGGUGCUGGCAUCAGUGGACUCUGGGGUGAUGAAUUCAGUUGUGCUUUGUGUGUCAGAUGAGGAGAAAGUUGUGUCCUCUGGUGCCACGCUUGUGAAAGCUGAGAUGGUGCUGGCAUCCGUGGACUCUGGGGUGACGUUCUCAGUUGCGCUGCUGGUGACUGGUGAGGAAAAAGUUGUGUCCUCUGGUGCCACGCUUGUGAAAGCUGAGAUGGUGCUGGCAUCAGUGGACUCUGGGGUGAUGUUCUCAGUUGCGCUGCUGGUGACUGGUGAGGAAAAAGUUGUGUCCUCUGGUGCCAUGCUUGUGAAAGCUGAGAUGGUGCUGGCAUCAGUGGACUCUGGGGUGAUGAAUUCAGUUGUGCUUUGUGUGUCAGAUGAGGAGAAAGUUGUGUCCUCUGGUGCCACACUUGUGAAAGCUGAGAUGGUGCUGGCAUCCGUGGACUCUGGGGUGACGUUCUCUGUUACGCUGCUGGUGACUGGUGAGGAGAAAGUUGUGUCCUCUGGUGCCACGCUUGUGAAAGCUGAGAUGGUGCUGGCAUCAGUGGACUCUGAGGUGAUGAAUUCAGUUGUGCUUUGUGUGUCAGGUGAGGAGAAAGUUGUGUCCUCUGGUGCCACACUUGUAAAGGUUGAGAUGGUGCUGGCAUCAGUGGACUCUGGGGUGACGUUCUCAGUUGCACUACUGGUGACUGGUGAGGAAAACGUUGUGUCCUCUGGUGCAAUGCUUGUGAAAGUUGAGAUGGUGCUGGCAUCAGUGGACUCUGGAGUGACGUUCUCAGUUGUGCUGCUGGUGACUGGUGAGGAAAAAGUUGUAUCCUCUGGUGCCACGCUUGUGAAAGCUGAGAUGGUGCUGGCAUCCGUGGACUCUGGGGUGACGUUCUCAGUUGCGCUGCUGGUGACUGGUGAGGAAAAAGUUGUAUCCUCUGGUCCCAGGCUUGUGAAAGCUGAGAUGGUGCUGGCAUCAGUGGACUCUGAGGUGAUGAAUUCAGUUGUGCUUUGUGUGUCAGGUGAGGAGAAAGUUGUGUCCUCUGGUGCCACACUUGUGAAAGCUGAGAUGGUGCUGGCAUCCGUGGACUCUGGGGUGACGUUCUCUGUUACGCUACUGGUGACUGGUGAGGAGAAAGUUGUAUCCUCUGGUGCCACGCUUGUGAAAGCUGAGAUGGUGCUGGCAUCCGUGGACUCUGGGGUGACGGUCUCAGUUGCGCUGCUGGUGACUGGUGAGGAAAAAGUUGUAUCCUCUGGUGCCAUGCUUGUGAAAGCUGAGAUGGUGCUGGCAUCAGUGGACUCUGAGGUGAUGAAUUCAGUUGUGCUUUGUGUGUCAGGUGAGGAGAAAGUUGUGUCCUCUGGUGCCACACUUGUGAAAGCUGAGAUGGUGCUGGCAUCCGUGGACUCUGGGGUGACGUUCUCAGUUGCGCUGCUGGUGACUGGUGAGGAAAAAGUUGUGUCCUCUGGUGCCACGCUUGUGAAAGCUGAGAUGGUGCUGGCAUCCGUGGACUCUGGGGUGACGUUCUCAGUUGUGCUUUGUGUGUCAGGUGAGGAGAAAGUUGUGUCCUCUGGUGCCACGCUUGUGAAAGCUGAGAUGGUGCUGGCAUCAGUGGACUCUGGGGUGAUGUUCUCAGUUGCGCUGCUGGUGACUGGUGAGGAGAAAGUUGUGUCCUCUGGUGCAAUGCUUGUGAAAGUUGAGAUGGUGCUGGCAUCAGUGGACUCUGAGGUGAUGAAUUCAGUUGUGCUUUGUGUGUCAGGUGAGGAGAAAGUUGUGUCCUCUGGUGCCACGCUUGUGAAAGCUGAGAUGGUGCUGGCAUCAGUGGACCCUGAGGUGACGUUCUCAGUUGCGCUGCUGGUGACUGGUGAGGAGAAAGUUGUGUCUUCUGGUGGUGUGCUUGUAAACCCUGGGACAUUGCUGGCAUCAGUGGACUCUGAGAUGGUGUACUCAGUUGCACUGCUGGUUUCGGGUGAGAGGGAAAUUGUUUUUUCUGGUAUGGAAGUUGAAAAAACAGAUUCAAUCCUUUCUUCUGUGCUUGUGUUCAUUGUGUCUGUGCUGGGAUUCUGUCUUUGUGUGUCACUGAUGGCAGGAGACACGUCCAUCUUGAGAUCUCUUGUAUGUCUGGAAUCAAGUGCUGCUUUCUGA